AUGAAGUACGUACUUGUAACGGGAGGUGUUGUGAGUGGAUUAGGCAAAGGAGUAACAGCAAGUAGUAUCGGUGUUCUUCUUAAAGCUUGUGGUCUUCGUGUUACUUCUAUCAAAAUCGAUCCUUAUCUAAACACCGAUGCUGGAACCAUGUCUCCCUUUGAGCACGGAGAAGUGUUUGUCCUGGACGAUGGUGGUGAGGUGGAUCUUGAUCUUGGAAACUACGAGAGGUUCUUAGAUAUCAAAUUAACCAGAGACAAUAACAUCACUACCGGAAAAAUUUACCAGCAUGUAAUUGCGAAAGAAAGGAAAGGAGAUUACUUGGGAAAGACUGUUCAGGUUGUUCCUCAUAUCACUGAUGCAAUUCAAGAAUGGAUAGAGAGAGUUGCUGCUAUUCCUGUUGACGGAGAGGAGGGUCCAGCUGAUGUCUGCGUUAUCGAAUUAGGAGGAACUAUAGGUGAUAUUGAAUCUGCACCUUUUAUAGAGGCACUUGGCCAAUUCUCUUACCGUGUAGGACAUGGGAAUUUCUGUCUGGUCCACGUCAGCCUUGUGCCUGUGCUUAAUGUUGUUGGUGAACAGAAAACUAAACCGACACAGCAUAGUGUCCGGGGCCUACGAGGCUUGGGCUUGAUACCUGAUAUCUUAGCUUGUCGGAGCACAAAGGCACUUGAAGAGAAUGUGAAAGAAAAGCUAGCUCAGUUUUGCCAUGUCCCGCUUGAGAAUAUAUUCACUCUAUAUGAUGUUCCCAACAUUUGGCACAUUCCACGUCUGCUUAAGGAUCAGAAGGCUCACUUGGUUAUCUCGAAAGUGCUCAAUCUUGCAAGUAUUGUUAAAGAACCUUCUCUAGAGGAAUGGACUUCCAGAGCCGAACUAUGUGCCGACUUGCAUGUGCCGGUGAGAAUCGCUGUUGUGGGGAAAUAUACCAGCCUCUCUGAUGCUUAUCUCUCUGUACUGAAGGCUCUCUUACAUGCCUCUGUGGCUUGUCGCAAAAAGCUCGUAGUUGAUUGGGUUCCUGCUUGUGAUCUCGAAAAGGAAACUGAGAAAGAGAAUCCAAAUGCGUAUAAAGCUGCUUGGAAGUUGCUCAAGGGUGUAGAUGGAGUUCUUGUACCUGGAGGCUUUGGUGAUAGGGGAGUGGAAGGAAAGAUUCUUGCUGCAAAAUAUGCUCGUGAAAACAAGAUCCCUUUCCUAGGUAUUUGUCUUGGUAUGCAAGUCGCUGUCAUUGAGUUUGCACGAUCAGUUCUCUGCUUGCACGACGCAAACAGCACAGAAUUCAAACCUGAAACUAAGCAUCCAUGCAUUGUAUUCAUGCCUGAGGGGUCAAGAACUCAUAUGGGAGGCACUAUGCGCCUAGGUUCAAGAAUAUCCAUCUUCAGUGCCAAACACAGCAAAUCUGCCAAACUCUAUGGGAACCAAACCUUUGUGGAUGAGAGGCAUCGUCAUAGAUACGAGGUGAAUCCUGAUAUGGUUGAACGGCUAGAGAAGGCUGGUCUCUCUUUUGCUGCAAAAGAUGAAACUGGCAAACGCAUGGAGAUUGUUGAACUUCCAAGUCAUCCUUUCUUCAUUGGUGCUCAGUUCCACCCAGAGUACAAAUCCAGACCCGGGAAAGCUUCUCCUCUCUUCUUAGGACUCAUUGCAGCAUCUUGUGGUGACCUAGACUCUGUCAUGAAUCCAGCCUCUGCUCAUCAGUAUCUGAUUAGUAACGGUCCCAGAAACGUUUUCGUCAAUGGAACCUCAAAGAAAGCUCCCAAUGGCUUGGCUGAUGUAAGACACAACAACGGAUACAGCAAUGGCCACUACACUAGGUAGCUGCAGCUGAAGCUCUAGAGACUCCCUUUUCUCUAUCCAUUAGAAUUCUUCAUUUUCGGUUUUGGUUUGCUUUUUUUUUUUUACUAAACUUUCUAUCUUUCCUGUGUACAUAUGAUUCAAGCUUUUGUCAAGUUUUUAGACUCUUUUUAGCAGAAUCUAUGUUCUUGGAAAGACUGUAGAAACGUCUGAAAAUCGAGGUUGAUUUUCCCUGGUUUGUUUUUUUUUCAAUCAAAAGGAGAUGAUAUGAUCAUAUGUACCGUCGCAAGAUUUUCUAUUCUGAUUUCGUUGUGAGUGUUAAAGCCAUCAUUUAUAUACUAAACUAGGGAUUGGCCCGCCUUACAGGCGGAAAUGAGUUUACGAAUUUGACCGAACACUUGAAAAUUUAAAUGUUUGUUCUGAAGUAGUUUAAUUGUUGUGUGUUGUUUCAUUUUUACCUGAUACUGUAUAUUAUGGUGGAAGUCGGUUGUUUUGUU